AUGCCAGCCUCGGGGAAGAUGUUUUCAACGCGCCCGACAGCGAUGCCAGCCAAGACAGCGACUCGAGUUCGCCCUGCGAAGUGGGAGACUUCGGUUGCUGCUUCCGCGUGGCUGUCGGAAGAGUGGAUGUGUCUGAGAGAAAUGCUUCGAUCCCGGCGGAGACUGCUCUGGUGGAUUUCACUCACAUCCUGGUCUACGCUAGGCCGGAACAGGGGUUCAGAGGCAUCAAUCGUUGUUUCGCUUGAAGGCUCCGGUGUUUGGGGGCUGCGCAUAGGCUUCACCAAUAGUAAUAGUGGUUGUUGUGAUUGUGGUUGCGGUUGUGGUUGUGGUUGUUGUGGUUGUGGUUGUUGUUGUUGUUCUUCUUCUUGUCGUAGUAAAUGUUGUGGUGGUUGUGGUUGUGGUGGUGGUUGUUGUUGUCGUGGCAGUCGUAGUAGUAAUAGUAGUAGUAGUAGUAGUAGUAGUACUAGUAGUAGUAGUAGUAGUAGUAGUAGUAGUAGUAGUAGUAGUAGUAGUAGUAGUAGUAGUAGUAGUACUAGUACUAGUACUAGUACUAGUACUAGUACUAGUACUAGUACUAGUACUAGUAGUAGUAGUAGUACUACUAGAAGUAGUAGUAGUAGUAGCAGCAGUAGUAGCAGUAGUAGCAGUAGUAGCAGUAGUAGCAGUAGUAGUCGUAGUCGUAGUCGUAGUCGUAGUCGUAGUCGUAGUCGUAGUAGUAGUAGUAGUAGUAGUAGUAGUAGUAGUAGUAGUAGUAGUAGUAGUACUCGUACUCGUAGUCGUAGUCGUAGCAGUCGUAGCAGUCGUAGUAGUAGUAGUAGUAGUAGUAGUAGUAGUAGUAGUAGUAGUAGUAGUAGCUUCCCACUUCCCACUAAUAUUAACCCCCACCUAGUCUGA